AUUUAGUGUCAGUCGCCGUUAAUAUUUGUCGGCGCAGGGCUCUGGUUAUUGUUCGAAAGACUUUCAACUCAUCUGAACGAGAAAUUUCUAAAUUACAAAAUUUAACGAAAAAUUACAAAAAAGAAGUUUAUAAGAUAUAAAAGAAUUUCACAAUAAUCAAAAAAUGUUACUAAGACUUGCAUCUCAAGUACCGGGCCGUUUAGCCAGUGGAUCGACCACAUUUUCCGCAUCCAUAAAACAAACAUUGCUUGCUCCACGAUUGAUAAAGCCCAGCAAUAAUAAUUUGUUGGUUCGUCAAUAUGCUCGUGGUCCCAGGGAGCCACCACUAACCUCACGCAGUGAAGUAAGACGUGGGCCAACUUUAAAGGAAAAAUUAAUGGCUCCACCAUCGGAAAAUGCAUACUCCAUGGGAAAAGGUGCUGCAGCUGGAGCAGCUGGUAUUGGUUUAGGGGCAUUGUGCUAUUAUGGUUUAGGCCUCAGCAAAGAUGCCAGCAUACAGAAUAAUUCACUUUUGUGGCCCCAAUAUGUUAGAGAACGUUUACACACAACCUAUGGAUACUUUGGAGCUUCUUGCGUUCUAACAGCUUUGACAGCAGCCGCUGUUUUCCGUUCCCCACGUUUAUUGGAAUUAACCACUCGCAAUGGCUGGCUGUCCACUUUGGCAACUUUUGCCUUAGUCAUUGGCACCGGUGCCAUGACCCAAUCUAUUCCCUAUAAAGAGGGUAUUGGUGCUAAGCAAUUAUCUUGGGCUUUACAUUGCGCAGUUUUGGGUGGUGUUAUUGCACCAUUAUGUUUCCUCGGUGGUCCGCUGUUGACUCGCGCUGCUCUUUAUACUGGUGGCGUAGUUGGUGGUCUAUCAACUAUUGCUGUUUGUGCUCCAAGUGAUAAAUUUUUGUACAUGGGUGGUCCUUUAGCAAUUGGUUUGGGCUUGGUAAUGGCCUCUUCGUUGGCUGGCAUGUGGCUACCACCUACAACAGCAUUGGGAGCUGGUUUGGCUUCCUUAUCUCUUUAUGGUGGUUUAGUACUUUUCAGUGGAUUUUUGCUUUACGAUACACAACGUAUUGUACGCAAAGCUGAAGUUUAUCCCCAAUAUGCAAUGGCUCCUUUCGAUCCUAUUAAUGCGAGCCUUUCAAUUUACAUGGACGUUCUAAAUAUUUUCAUUCGAAUUGCUAUGAUUUUGUCUGGAUCAGGUGGCAACCGUCGCAAAUAAAAUAUUUAUACUUGAAUACUGAACUAUAUGUGAUUUCUUUUUUCGAUUAUAUAUGAUUUAAAUAAAAAUUAUUAGCUGUAGUA